CUCUCUAGGUGAUUGUGAAGAAGAGGCACUAGGGAGAGAGAGUGUGAAACCCAGCCGCACCUCUCUAUUCUCUACGCUGAGAGAGAGACAGAGAGCGAACAAGAUGAAAAGAUUCCAUCUUUCCCACCUUGAUUCGGUUCAUUUCAUUCAACAUUCCGCUCCCAACUCCAUUCUAAAUUUUUAAUAACAAACCCUCCCAGUCUUUCUGAACAAAACAAACACCAACGACACGAAAAUAACAACAACAAAAAAAAGGAGCAAGAAAACGAAUUCCAAUCCCCUGUGUGAUAUCUGCAAUUAGGGUUCUUUUUUUUUUUAUUUCCCGUGGGCAUGAAGCUGAACGGUGAAAUCGAAGAAGAUGAGGAAGAGGAGAAGAUGGCCAAGAGCUUGAAUUUGCAGACGUAUUCGACCGGCAUCGGGUUCCCUCAGUUACAGUCGCAAAACCUCGUCGUCGGGUACGCAUUGACAUCUAAAAAGAAGAAGAGCUUCUUGCAGCCAAAGCUUAUCCGCCUCGCUUGGAAUAAGGGGAUAUUCUUUGUAGCCAUUGAUUUAAACAGGCCUCUGUCAGAUCAAGGUCCUUUUGAUGUUGUUUUGCAUAAGUUGUCAGGAAAGGAUUGGUGCAACAUCAUUGAGGAUUACAGGCAAAAACAUCCUGAAGUGACAGUCCUUGAUCCUCCAGAUGCCAUAGAACAUCUGCACAAUCGUCAGUCCAUGCUUCAGGAUGUGACAGAUUUAAACUUGUCUGACUGCCAUGGCAAGGUUGGUGUUCCAAGGCAGCUGGUCAUUUCAAAAGAUCCAUCGUCUAUUCCUCAUGAAGUUAAUAAAGCUGGGUUACAGUUGCCACUGGUUGUAAAGCCUUUGAUCGUGGAUGGAAGUGCCAAGUCACACGAACUGUUUCUUGCUUAUGAUCAAUUCUCCCUUGCUGAACUUGAACCUCCUCUGGUUCUUCAGGAGUUUGUUAACCAUGGUGGCAUUCUCUUCAAAGUUUAUAUUGUUGGGGAAAUCAUAAAGGUUGUAAGGCGUUUCUCUCUACCUAAUUUCAGUAAGCAUGAGCUAGAAAAAGUUGCUGGUGUGUUCUGUUUCCCAAGGGUUUCAUCCGCUUCUGCUUCCGCAGAUGAUGCAGAUCUGGAACCUAGUGUUGCUGAACAUCCUCCACAACUUCUGCUGGAGAAGCUUGCAAGGGAGCUCCGUCACCGAUUGGGUCUUCGGUUGUUCAAUAUAGAUAUAAUUCGAGAGCAUGGGACCAGAGAUGUAUUUUAUGUCAUUGACAUCAACUACUUUCCUGGGUACGGGAAAAUGCCGGACUACGAGCACAUAUUUACAGAUUUCCUUCUGAGCAUUGUGCAGAGCAAGCAUAAGAAGAGACCUACUGCUUAACGACUGGAAGCAAAAUGUUAUGAUGCUUCUUGCCAGGGGUUUGACUCAUUGUGAAAUUGAAGAACAGUCAAAUCUAGUAUUUACUGACUGGCCAAAAUGAGCGAAUUAUGUGGUGUUCGUGUGUCCACAUAAACUUCCAUUUGAGACAAAAGUUGGGGCAGCCACUGAUUCUUUUCUCGUAAUGGAUUGAAUUCUACCUGCCUGCCUUCCCCAACAGAAUUUCUUGACAUAGUGAAUCCAGUAAUCAAUGAACAAGCGAAGCUUUUCAAUAUAACUAGACUUUUGCUUUUUCUUUUUUUUUUCUUUAGCUGUUUUUGUUCUUCGUUCUUUCCUUAAGUCUUUUUCGCUUCUGUUAAGUGUUAUUAGCUUUUUUGGGUUAUAGACUUUCAAAUCUUUAUAUAUGGCAUUUAUUCUUGAUGAUAUAAACUGUGGGUGCCAAUUUUGCUGUG